AUGGCUGUUGUUCAGACUCACUGCUUUAACUGGAUGGGGUAUGAGGGCACCGAGUCCGAAACCCUUAAUCUUGCCCUCCUCCGUCACGGUAAUUCCGGCAAUCUUCGCUACGCCGACUACUGCCAGCGCCAGGAGGUCCUUGCGGACAUCCGCCUGCGGCUGAAGCUCAUCAAGCGCGAUCUCGGCCUGCUCCCACCGGAGGCGGAGGAGACGCCCGUCGACGACGCCAUCGCCGAGCUCAGCGAGGACGAGUCGCUCUCCCUCGAGGCCCCAAUCAGCGCGCGGCCGAAGGAGGAGGAGAAGAAGGUCGUGGAGGACAAGGAGCCCAGCACACUUCUCGCGGUCCGCCAGCGCGCCCUGCAGAGCACCGGCACCGGCCGCGGCAGCGACAGCGAUGAGGAUGAGGAGAUCGUCUACGUCUACCCCGCCCCGCCCUCCGCCGACGACACGGCCACCGCCGCGAAGGCUGCUGGCGCCGCGCUACGCUCCGUGCUGUUUGAGGCGGGCGCCACGUACGUCUCGUACAUUGACGGCGCCGAGUUCACAUCAACGACAGCACUCGCCGAACACAAUGAGGCCAAACGCGCUGAGCUGACGGACGUUGAACUCCCGGAGCCGGGCGCCUUCGAUCUCGCCCCGCUGGAAGCAGCGCUGGAGGAACGCACUCAACUGCGUCUGAAGCUCGAUGCCGUGCGGGCCGCACGAGACCCAGAGUACGCAGCAGCCGUCAUCCCAGCCUCAGAGCGCGAUAACAGCGGAAAUCCCAUCACAAACGUGGACGUGAGUGAGGCAGAUGAGGCACAACUCUCACAGAAACUCACAAAGGCAGUUCGGUACCUCGCAGCACUGCGGGAGUUGUAUAACAACCGUGCAUCCAAGUCCGCCAACGCUGUGCAGCUCGAACUUGCCAACAAGGUCCAAGCACAAGAGCUUUAG